CUAUUACUAAAAUCCAAACUCGCCCCUCCACCCCACUCCUCCCCUCUGGCUCCUCCUCCUCCGCCGCCGCCAACACCACCACCGUCAAUGGCUUCCCCAACCCUAAUCACUCCCACCACCACCACCCCCAAGCCCCUUCCGCUCCCCCUCCCCCCUUCCACCAAGCCCAAACCCACCUCCCCAUUCGCCGCCGCUGCUCUCCCCCAGCCCCGCCGCCGUGAGUUCAUCUCCCUCGCCGCCGCCGGGAUCCUCUCCCCAGCAUUGCUCCUACGCGCCACGCCUGCAUGGGCGGCCUCCGACGACGAGUACGUCAAGGACACGGCCCAGGUGAUCAGCAAGGUCCGGACGACCAUCGGAAUGGACAAGACCGACCCCAACGUGGCAUCGGCGGUGGCGGAGCUGAGAGAGACCUCCAAUUCAUGGGUGGCGAAGUACAGGAGGGAGAAGGCCCUGCUCGGCAAGCCGUCGUUCCGGGACAUCUACUCCGCCCUCAACGCCGUCUCCGGCCACUACAUUAGCUUCGGCCCCACAGCGCCGAUUCCGGCGAAGAGGAAGGCCAGAAUACUGGAGGAGAUGGACACGGCCGAGAAGGCUUUGUUGAGAGGAAGAUGAAUGUGAGAAGGGGGAUUCUUUCUCAGUGUCAGUGUGGCAAAUUUUUUUCCCCCCUAAUUUUGUAUAAUUUGUUAACUACUUGAAGUUUACUUUUGGAAAGUAUGAGAUGAAUAUUAAUGAGGUUUAGUUAUUGGAAAUCGGGGUGGAAGUUCAUUCAAUUAA